AUGAAGAUGAUAAAUAUAUUUAUUGUCGUGUAUUGUUUGAUUUCACCGUGUUUAGGAUUCUGGUUGUCUAGUAAAACAGUUGACCCAAAAGUCGACAUUUCAACAGAGUGUAUCAACAAGGCCCUGACAGGAGACUGUGGUUUCUUCACUUGUUUUGAAGAGAGACUCCCAUGUGGCGAGUAUGGCUAUGCCGAAAGUUAUGGUGGAAAAUACUGCUGGCAAUUUCAACAAAGUCAUCAUCUAUUUACCAAAAAGGGUGUUGAAUUUGUAGAAAAACUAACGAGAUGUCAUAUGAACAGAUCUAUAACCAGCUAUCGUCAAAAUCAGAUCGAAUGUUUUAGUCAUUAUGAUCAAAGCUUUGUUAUCAUGGGUGACUGUUAUGUAGAAAGUGGUUUUUGUGACGUAGUUAUAGAUAAUUUUAUGUCCCUGGCCAGAAUUCUGGAACCUAAAGAUUUCACGAAUUACAGAGUGGUACGAGAAGUAUUUAGAGCAGCCAAACAAUGUCCUAACAACAUUAGUGGUGGUAUCAUAUCUAAAUUUCUAUCUUAUAAACGUGGUAGUUCAUUAUAA